AUGACAGGAGAGGAAGACAAGAAACAACAUUUCGAUGCAUCUGGAGCAUCUGCUGUUGACGACAAAACAGCCACUGCUAUUUUAAGAAGAAAGAAGAAAGAUAACGCCUUGGUCGUUGAUGACGCAACAAAUGAUGACAAUUCAGUUAUCACCAUGUCAUCCAACACGAUGGAGUUGUUGCAAUUGUUUCGUGGUGACACAGUGUUGGUCAAGGGGAAAAAGAGAAGGGACACUGUAUUAAUUGUUCUUGCGGAUGACGACAUGGAUGAUGGCGUUGCAAGAAUCAAUCGUUGUGUGCGUAAUAACUUGCGUAUCAGACUAGGAGACAUUAUUACUGUUCACCCUUGCCCUGAUAUCAAGUAUGCCAACAGGAUCUCAGUAUUGCCAAUUGCCGACACAAUCGAAGGUAUUACAGGAUCAUUAUUUGACCUCUACUUGAAGCCAUACUUUGUUGAAGCUUAUAGACCGGUUAGAAAAGGUGAUUACUUUACAGUAAGAGGUGGGAUGAGACAAGUUGAAUUUAAAGUUGUCGAAGUUGACCCUGAAGAGAUUGCCAUCGUUGCCCAAGAUACGAUUAUCCAUUGUGAAGGCGAGCCUAUUAACCGUGAAGACGAAGAAAAUAACAUGAACGAAGUCGGUUAUGAUGAUAUUGGGGGAUGCAAGAAGCAAAUGGCACAAAUCAGAGAGUUGGUCGAGUUACCAUUGAGACACCCACAAUUGUUCAAGUCCAUUGGUAUCAAGCCACCAAAAGGUAUCUUGAUGUAUGGCCCCCCUGGUACUGGUAAAACUAUCAUGGCAAGAGCAGUUGCCAACGAAACGGGUGCCUUCUUUUUCUUGAUCAAUGGUCCAGAAAUUAUGUCCAAAAUGGCUGGUGAAUCAGAGUCAAAUUUGAGAAAGGCAUUUGAGGAAGCAGAAAAGAAUUCACCAUCGAUUAUCUUUAUCGAUGAAAUCGACUCUAUUGCACCUAAGAGAGAUAAGACCAAUGGUGAAGUAGAAAGAAGAGUUGUUUCACAAUUGUUGACCCUUAUGGAUGGUAUGAAGGCCAGGUCUAAUGUCGUUGUUAUUGCCGCCACCAAUAGACCUAACUCUAUUGACCCGGCUUUGAGGAGAUUUGGUAGAUUCGAUAGAGAAGUUGACAUUGGAGUUCCAGAUGCUGAGGGUCGUAUGGAGAUUUUGAGAAUCCACACAAAGAACAUGAAGUUGGCUGAUGACGUGGACUUGGAAUCAAUUGCAUCAGAAACUCACGGUUUUGUGGGAGCCGAUAUUGCUUCCUUGUGUUCAGAGGCAGCCAUGCAACAGAUUCGUGAAAAAAUGGAUCUCAUCGACUUGGAAGAGGAAACCAUUGAUGCCGAAGUUUUGAAUUCUCUCGGUGUUACUCAGGAGAACUUUAGAUUUGCCCUCGGUAACUCUAACCCAUCAGCAUUGCGUGAAACUGUUGUUGAGAAUGUCAAUGUUACCUGGGAUGACAUUGGUGGUUUGGAUAACAUCAAGAAUGAGUUGAAGGAGACUGUCGAGUACCCUGUUUUGCAUCCAGAACAAUACCAGAAGUUUGGUUUGGCUCCUACUAAGGGUGUUUUAUUCUUUGGUCCACCAGGUACAGGUAAAACUUUGUUGGCCAAGGCAGUUGCCACCGAAGUCUCAGCCAACUUUAUUAGUGUAAAAGGUCCUGAAUUAUUAAGUAUGUGGUAUGGUGAAUCAGAAUCCAAUAUUCGUGACAUUUUUGACAAGGCAAGAGCCGCUGCCCCUACUGUUGUCUUUUUGGAUGAAUUGGACUCCAUUGCUAAAUCGAGAGGUGGUUCUAACGGUGAUGCCGGUGGUGCCUCAGAUAGAGUGGUUAACCAAUUAUUGACUGAAAUGGAUGGUAUGAAUGCCAAGAAGAAUGUUUUCGUUAUUGGUGCUACUAACAGGCCUGACCAAAUUGAUCCAGCCUUGUUGAGACCAGGUAGAUUAGACCAGUUGAUCUAUGUUCCAUUACCGGAUGAGGCAGCUAGACUUUCUAUCUUGACAGCUCAAUUGAGAAACACUCCAUUAGAGCCAGGAUUGGACUUGAAUGAAAUUGCCAAAAUUACUCAUGGUUUCUCUGGUGCUGAUUUGAGUUACAUUGUACAAAGAGCUGCCAAGUUUGCUAUCAAGGAUUCGAUUGAAGCCCAGGUUAAAGCCAGCAAGGAGAAGGAAGAAGAUGUUGAAAUGAAAGGUGAUGGUGCUGCAGUUGAGGAAGAGGCUGAUCCUGUUCCAUACAUUACUACCUCACACUUUGAAGAGGCAAUGAAGACAGCCAAGAGGUCUGUUUCCGAUGCUGAACUACGUCGUUACGAGGCAUACGCCCUGCAGUUGAUGGCUUCAAGAGGUCAAUUUACCAACUUUAAAUUCAACCAGGGUGGUGCUGCUGCAUUUGGCGAUGAACAGGAAAACCAAGGAGAGGAAGAUGAUUUGUACAGUUAG